GCGCUCUUCUGUGCAGGCCUGGGAGGCCCGGUUCGCGCUGGGGGUCACGCAGAUGGUCCCCAUGUCACACGGGAAAGCUACUGAUGCAGUGGUUCUGCAGAAGGGUCUGGGAUAUCAGAUUUCCCCCUUUUAAAGACGGAUGAGUUCAGAUCUGCAAGGGGUCUUAGAAACCACCCUUAGGAGUCGGUCCGUGCAGAGCGGGGCUUAGAGCCGCGGCCUUCGUCUCCAGGCCGGCGCUUUGUCUCCACCCCGGAGACGCUGCCUACCGGUCCACGUUUCAGAGUUUGUUUUUUCCCUCCUCUGGUUGAAUUUAUAAAAAUGUUGUCUGUCAUCCAUACGUGCUUUUUUUUUUUUUUUAGGAAGAAAUUGUCUAAAAUACCAUGAAGUCAAGUAAAUCCCACUUACUAAUUCAAAUCAAGAAUGUGAAAGUGAGGGUGGCUCUCUUUCACCUGGGAUAUCCUGUGUUUUGUCACCCCGAACACCCAGUGGUUGUCAUCCUCAUGAUGUCAGAGGGGAAAUCUCCUGACGAAAAAAGACCCCGUAGAAGCUUGUCUAUCAGCAAAACUAAAAAACAAGGAUCUAUUAUUUCGUACUUUAACAAUGCACCACCUGCUAAACUUGCCUGCCCCAUUUGUAGUAAAAUGGUGCCAAGAUAUGACUUAAACCGGCACCUUGACGAAAUGUGUGCUAACAACGAUGACUUUGUUCAAGUUGAUCCAGUACAGGUUGGCUUAAUGACAUCACCUAUAACCACUGUGGAUUUAACUAAUAUCGCUUUAGAAAAUGUAAGGCCAAAGAAUUCAUCACCACCAAAGACAAGUCUAACUCCUGGCCAAAGGGAUUCAGCAAAAAUGGGUGUAAAACAGCAGACCAGUCCCUACUUUAAAAGUAAUGAUGACUUUGUGUGCAAAAAUCAGGAUGAACUGAGAAAUCGUGAUGUGAAAGUCAUUUCUUUGGGAAGCCUGUCGUCUAAAUUGUCCAGAAAAUACAUACAUGCUAAGAAUUCAACAGAUAAGAAUGAAGAAUUUGCAAUUCAUAGUCCACAGAGUUCUGUAUCCACAGUCAUGAGGAGCCUGGUUGAUAACUGUUCAGUAACUGCGGACCAAGAUCAAAUUUUGGAGAACAGUUCUCAAAAGGAAAACAUUUUUACAUGUGAUUCUCUAAAUGAAGAGUGUACUCCUGAACAUACGGCAAAAAAGAGUAAAAUGAUGGACACUGUGAGCCAAGAGGCUACCCAGGAAUGUGCGAAAUCAGCCCUAGCCCCAGGCUUCUCAGAUAAUGCUCCCAUUUCAAUUUCACCAGGUGUAACUCUUUGGAAUAAAUUAAAGUCCAGUUCAGAAGACAGUCUUGUAAAGCAGGAGGGUGUCAAAGGAGUAGAGGGUAAGGGUGUUGAAGGGUGUGAGGCACGUAAUUGUGAAGAGGUAAAAAUGACUGUUGCUUCAGAAGCUAAAACACAGUUGCCAGAUUCAGAGGCGAAAUCUUCUAGUUCUGCAAAUGUUGCUUCUAAAUGGAGUCACAUCCAAGAACUUCCUCUGGAAGGUGCCAGUGGCUUAAAGAGUGAGAUCACUUGCAGCAUUCCUUUGGAGCAGGGGUCAGACUGCAAUGUUCCUGGAAAAACAACUCAAACGCCACCGAGUCACCCUUACUACCUUCGGAGUUUCCUUGUGGUGCUGAAAGCCGUACUUGAGAAUGAAGAUGAUAUGAUGCUCUUUGAUGAGCAGGAGAAGGGAAUAGUAACUAAAUUUUAUCAAUUAUCAGCUAGCGGUCAGAAGUUGUAUGUGAGGCUCUUCCAACGUAAAUUAAGCUGGAUUAAGAUGGAUAAACUAGAAUAUGGAGAGAUUGCCCCAGAUUUAACAUCUGUGGUUGAGGAGUUGAAGCACACGGGCUUUCUGCAGACAGAAUCUGAGUUGCAAGAACUCUCUGAAGUACUUGAACUACUUUCUGCUCCUGAACUAAAAACCCUGGCCAAGACCUUCCACUUGGCAAACCCCAACGGACAGAGACAGCAGCUGGUAGAUGCCUUUCUCAAAUUGGCCAGACAGCGUUCAGUGUGCACUUGGGGCAAGAAUCAGCCUGGAAUCGGUGCAGUGAUUUUAAAAAGAGCUAAAGACUUGGCUGGACAGGCACUCAGAUUGUGUAAAGGCCCCAGGGCUGUGUUUUCCCGGGUCUUGCUGCUGUUUUCAGUGACCGACUCAGUGGAGGAUGAAGAAGCUGCGUGUGGUGGCCAGGGACAGCUUUCUACUGUGCUGUUGGUCACUCUCGACCGAAUGCAGUUUCCUAGUUAUACUAUCAAUCGAAAAACCCGAAUCUUUCAAGACAGAGAAGAUCUUAUCAGGUAUGCAGCGGCUGUGCACUCACUGAGUGACAUUUCCACUGCGAUGGCCAGUGGGAACUGGGAAGAAGCUAAGGAGCUCUCUCAAUGUGCAAAAAGGGACUGGGACAAACUGAAAAACCACCCUUCCUUGAGAUACCACGAGCAAUUACCACUGUUUCUGCGGAGUUUCACUGUUGGGUGGAUUUAUACAACAAUUCUGUCUCGGAAUGUUGAAAUAUUGCAGAGACUUCACCUGUAUGAGGUUAGAGCACAUGGCCCUGCCAGCCUUGUAGGAUGUGGAUGCAGCAAACCUGUGAGGGAAACCCCUGGGGUCCCAGCGUUCCCUGCGUAUUGGCUCAGCACACAGUGAUAUACAGAAGGGUGUCUAGUGUAGGCGACCUGCUGGCUCUCAGGUUAGUGGAGAGAAGAUGGCUGAAGGUAAACAGCUGUUUUGCUUGCUCAUGAGUUGGUGAGUCUCUACCAGGGUGGCCUGAGGGUCACGAUAGAGCCCUGUUGAGAGAGCUGGCAAGGUCUCUG